AUCUUGCUCCUUUGGGGGAAGCCAGGACAUGGAAACUUCAACUGCAAACUCCUUCUUCUCCGUUUGCUUGUUGCUAAUUCUUGGGCUCUCAGAGGCUGUCGGAAGCUGGAAGAGCUGUUUAGAACCUGAAACAACAUGGGGAACCCUGCCUGUUCGGUUUCCUUUCCGAAUAAAAGGACGCCAGCCAGAACAGUGUGGGUAUCCUGGGUUUGCUUUGGAAUGUUCCUCAACCAAUCACUCUGUUCUUGAGCUCCCUGGGCCAAUCAAGCUCAAUGUAAACAACAUUGAUUACCUAUCCCAAACCAUUGAGUUAUAUGAUCCUUCUGGCUGCCUUUUUAGGCAUGUUCGUAACCUCACCCAACUUUCUUGCCCAUUCCAUUUCCGACCCCAGUAUCUUUAUAACUACGUCUUUUUCAAUUGCUCAAUACCAAAAGAUGGACAACUAAUUUCAACGUGCCUGAGAAGCUCAACCUAUCAAGUAUAUGCCAUUUAUUCUGAUGACGAGAUUGCAGACCUCCCCUUGUUAUUUUGCAGCAAAACAUUUAACAUUUCAAGCAUCCCAUAUAAUAUUUUUCACAAUGAUGCCACUCUUAAUUUGAUGUGGUCUCAUCCAAAGUGUAGCCAUUGCGAGUCAAAAGGAACCAGAUACCGAUGUGGAUUUAAGAACAUGAAUACCAGUUAUGAUACUGCAUGUUUCGAGGUUCGUCACACAGGUCAAUCAAACAAAUUUGUAAUUACAGGAUCAGUCUUGGGCUCACUUCUUUUAGUGGUAGCUUUGUUUGCAAUUCAUUACAUUUACAACUCUUACAAAUCACAGAAAGAAAGCCAAGCAAUAAUUGAAAAGUUUUUGAAAGAUUACACAGCUCUCAAUCCCACUAGAUAUUCUUAUGCUGAAAUUAAGAGGAUUACCAAUCAAUUUGAAGACAAGUUGGGGGAAGUAUCUUUUGGUACUGUGUUCAAAGGAAACAUUUCAUCCCAAUUCAAAGUUGCAGUAAAAAUCCUUGCUAAUUCUGAAGGAAACGGUGAAGAGUUCAUAACUGGAGUUGGAACAAUGGGCAAAGUCCAUCAUGUUAACAUUAUUCGCUUAGUAGGCUUCUGUGCAGAUGGCUUUAGAAGAGCACUUGUUUACGAAUACCUACCGAAGGGUUCAUUACAAAAUUUCAUAAAUUCACCUGACAAUAGCCAAAACUUCCUUGGUUGGAAAAGGCUACAAGAAAUUGUUUUAGGUAUAGCCAAAGGCAUUGAGUAUCUUCAUCAAGGGUGUGAGCAACGCAUACUUCAUUUUGAUAUCAAACCUCACAAUGUCUUAAUUGACAAUGACUUCACUCCAAAAAUAUGUGACUUUGGGUUGGCCAAAUUGUGCUCCAAGGAUCAAAGCAUAGUAUCAAUGACUAAUGCUAGAGGAACUUUGGGUUACAUUGCACCAGAAGUCUUUUCUCGAAAUUUUGGAAAUGUGUCUCACAAAGCAGAUGUCUAUAGUUUUGGAAUGUUGCUCCUUAAAGUAAUAGGAGGGAGAAGGAUUACUCAUGACACAAAAGAAAACGCUACCCAGAUUUACUAUCCGGAAUGGAUCUAUAAUGUUUCAGAAGAAAGGGAGGAUAUGAGAAUUCAUAUUGAGGAAGAAGGGGAUGCUAAAAUUGCAAAAAAAUUGGGAAUAGUGGGACUGUGGUGCAUCCAGUGGCAUGCUGUGGAUCGACCAUCAAUGCAAGUAGUGGUUCAAAUGUUAGAAGGACAAGGAGAUAAACUACCAGUACCUCCAAAUCCUUUUGAUUCUGAAGGUACUUCAAUAAGGAAAAGAGCUAGUGUGCCAACAAGAAGCCUGAUGCAAGGUUUAGAAAUAAUUCAAGAAGUAGGGUGACAGUCAGUAACUGUAAAAUUAUUAUAUUAACUAUCUUGAUUUGGUAGAAUUGGAGGUUUGUCUUUGGUUUGUGAGUUGUUCUCAGCCACUGUUUACGUAUGUUAUAAAUUGUUUGAGCCUUGAAUCUUCAAUGUAGAAGAAUUCAUUAUGCAACACAUAUACCUAAGCCUUCUUUGUUUUUUCAUAUGGUGUGUUCAAACCAAGCACAUAAUUACAAUUUAUGGUCAAAAUUUAUAGCUGAAAACUUUGAAAAUUGAUAAUCUCUACAUGUA